CAAGGGGUUGGCAGAAGGGGGUGUGCCCCCUUCUGUUUGGGGGUUUGAAGGGGGCGGAGUCCCCCUCAUCGCCAAGAAAAUUUUGGACUUGUGGGAGGCUAUAAAUGACUCCAGAUUGAUCAUAAGGUAACGUGUAACCAACGCUGAAAAGCAUCUGACUCUAUCUCAAUCCAUUGAGAAGUUGCAGCACUUUGAAAUCAAUUUUGAUGGAAAAAAUCAACGCAAAAUAAUGAUAUUUGGCAAUUUUGAGAUGUCCCCUCGUUGCCAUGGUAACAGAAAAUUUAAGUCUGAGCAUGUUGUUGCAAGGGCAAUGGUCCAGUCAACAUUUGUGCCAAGUUUGAUUAGUGUUGAAGCAGUUUUUAUAGUAUUAUAGCAAUUUGAACUUGUAACGGGAGACUUUUCAAGGAAAACAGCCAUUUUUCACAAAAUGCUCAUGAAGUAAUGGGUUAAAAUACAGAUGCAAGAGUUUUUGGCUUGUCUUUUAAAUUGGUAAGGCAUCAUGACUGAAGUGACGCCUUUCAGAUUUGCUAACCCCGAGUUCACAUAUAUUACUAAAUAUACUUCAAUUUGUAUAAAGUUGUCUUUAAAAGGACGCUGAUUUUAGAGGUAAAUGAAGAUUAACAAUGCCAAAAUUAUAUAAAUGGGAUAACAAUGAACAACGAUAUGUUCAAAAUAAAAGAAGCACAAUUUCCAUUUAUUCAUAGAUUUUAAUAUUGUAUAUAAUAUGUUAUUUUUUAAAUUCAUUGUAGUAGCUAUAUGCAUAUAAAGAAUACAAAUUUAACAAUUAAAAGUAUUUGAAAUGUCAAUACAUGUAUAGGUAACAAGCAUAUACAAAACAAGGCUCACCAUUACCAUAGCAACAUAUUGUGAUAAAAAAUUAACAAUUAUUAAGAAAUCAGAUAAAAGUUCUACUAUAUGCAUUUAAAAUACAAUAUUCUCUAUAAAUAAAGUAUUAUUGAAUACAUGUAAAAAUGUAACAAUAGUACAAUUGAAAUAAAAAAUUUGAACAAAACGCCACUCCAUAUUAUUCCUGUAUAUGGAAAUGGACAAUAUUGUUGGAAAAUCAAUUUAGCCACAAAGGAUUCAGAUUUCACCAUUUUCACAAACGGACAGCAAAGCAGUGUUCUUUUUAUGUUCUUUAAGCCAAAAAAGCCAAAAGUGUUUUUAUUUUAAUGACGACAUUUUCGAAUAAAUAAACGUUGCAACUACAAACUGUUGAAAAAGGAUUACACAAUAACCCAAUGUUAAAAUGACGAGAAAUUAUAGGAUGACAUUUUUGGGGGUUUACGUUUUAUACCAAACUCGACAAAAAUUAAGACCAGUUUCAUUUUUGUACCAGACUAUUUGGUGUAUUAUAAAAUUUAAACUUACGUCUUGGUUUUUGAGCUUUUUGAAGUGGCCUGAGAUGGAACUUGGUGUCAUUAUAUCAAAAAUAGUUUGUAAUCAAAUAGAUGAAACAUCAAUUUUUGGGCAGAUAUAAAUUUAAUGGAGAAAACAUGAAAUUUAUCAGUUAUUAUAAACAAAGUCCGGGUAAUUCGGGAUCUUCCGGUGUAUGACAGUGCUAUCGUAAAAUAAACGUGACGUGUCGCUUAAAACAUUAUAUAUUUAUGUUCGAUUGUGCAGAUAUAUCAAUUUUUCUAUAUAUAGAUAUGAGCUGAAAUAUUAGCAUAUCUAUGCAUUUGUUUUAGUAUUUAGUAGUUUUGGACUUUAAAACCCUGUGAUAUUGCCAUCUGCGCAAUCUGUAAUAGAAAAUGGAUCGAGUUCUCGUAGUUAUUCUGCUGGCAUUGACAAUUAUCCAAACGAUAACUGCAAACGCAAGUCUAUUUGAGGGCAACAAUUCUAUGAUCCUUGUGGGACUGAAAACGAAGGUAUUUGUGUGUGCUCAAACCGUAAUGCAAUCACUGAUGCCAAUGUUGGGGAAAAUCCCUGCAACAAUUUUGUCUGCAGAGCAGUACACGUUUGCUUCAGGUGCACAGGUAGAGAUACAAUUCCUAAAAUGGGUGAAAAUGGGCAAUUUCUUUAUUGCAACGAUGAUGCAAAUUGUGGAAAAAUUUCAAGUGCAUGAAAACUAAUUAUUGUUGUCCUAUACCAAAGGGCAAGCAUUCUGGUUUACUGACGGAUGAUAUGUUUGGAGGAAAAUGAUUCAAACCUGAUAACUCUUACUUGAAAUCAUCAAUGCAUUGAUUUGUAACGAAUAAAUUAAUGAAUAAAAACAUAUCGACUUUUUGUAUUAAAUUUUCGCAAGUAUAGUCAUGAAAAGAAGCAUUUCCUCACACGUGAAAAUAGAUUUCAAUGGAUUCAUCACCUUUUUGACAUAAACUCUAGAACUAAGGCUUAUAUCAAAUUUGGUAUUGGUGCAUGUAAUAAGUAACAUGAAAAAGUUUAUGUUUUUGAGAGGAAUGUAAUGUCAAGGUACUACUUAUGUAACACAACAACGUAUUUUGACGCAAGAUAAAAUGAAAUAAACACAAGAAAAGAAGGAACAAAAGCCACUUAAAUAAUAAUCUUUUUUCUAAUUAUGCAAUGCACAAUCAAGUACAAUGUAUGUAUUCAUCAAAAUUAAGACUCAAAUUUAAAUUACUACGCAAAAUUAUUAGAUCUGUAUGAUUUUACUGAGUUAAUUUUUCAGUGAAAUGUUUUGACCAGUUUUGCUUACAAAGUAAUAUUUUAAGGAAUACAAUAUUCAAAAAAUUCCUGGGAAUGCAUUCAUCAAGUCCAAAUAUUUAAAACAAAUUACAAAGAAUUUUCCAAACGUGUUUUACUUUUCAAAAUAUACGAAAAUGUUUCUUUGACAGGACACUGGUUUAAACGUAGAUGAAGAUUAACAAUGCCAAAAUUAUAUUAAAGGGAUAACAAUGAGCUACAUACAUUUUUAUAUGUCAAAAUAAAGAAGCACAAUUUCCAUUUAUUCAUAGAUUUUAAUAUUGUAUAUAAUAUGUUAUUUUUUAAAUUCAUUGUAGUAGCUAUAUACAUAUAAAGAAUAUAAAUUUAACAAUUAAAGGUCUUUGAAAUGUUUAUCUAGGUAACAAGCAUAUACAAAACAAGGCUCACCAUUACCAU